AUGGACAGAAAACAUAAUCUGGAUCGAGCUGAGACCUUCACCUUCGUCAACCCCUGCAUUCGAUAUUUUCUCUUCUUUUUCAGCUUCUUAUUUUGGGUUUUCUCCUUGUUGAUUGUUGCAAUUGGCGUGUAUGCAAAAGUCCAGAAAGCCACAGACACGGUGCAGGAAGCAUUUCUGAUCGAGCCAUCCGCCAUCCUAAUUCUAGUGGGAGUGGUCAUGUUCUUCAUCACUUUCUGCGGCUGUAUCGGAGCCCUCCGGGAAAACAUUGACCUCCUGAAAACAUUCUCUUUCAGCCUGACACUGGUCUUCCUAACCCAGCUGCUAAUCGCCAUUUUGGCCUUCUUUUACUCAGAACAGACUCACGACAAUUUGGGAAGGUUUGUGAAGAAAGGGAUCAAGCACUACAAGGAUGACCUUGAUCUGCAAAACAUGAUGGAUUCUAUUCAGAAAGAGUUACAGUGUUGUGGAUGGAACAACUAUACGGACUGGUCAUGGAACAUGUACUUUAACUGUACAGAGAACAACCCGAGCACGGAACGCUGCGCCGUUCCUUUCUCUUGCUGCGCUUCUGUUCCAAAAGAGACAGUCGUCAACACUCUUUGCGGAGCUGGAGUUCAAAAUUUGGACCACCUGGAGGUGGACAAGUCAAUCUACCCGGUAGGGUGCGCAGACAGAGCCGUGUCGUGGAUAGAGUCUCAUCUCUUACUGGUGGGAGCUCUCGCGCUGGGUUUGGCCUUGCCACAGAUUGCAGGCAUUGUGCUGUCCCAGAUCCUGAUCUCGCAGAUCCGAGAAGAGAUUACCUCCGUGUCGUGA